CAAACCAUAUGAUAAUUAUUUAAAAAUAUAUUUUAAAUUAGUAUGUAUUGAGUAUGUGCCAUAGUGAAUACACAUGCCAUUAAAUCAUUAUUCCUUUUUAUAUUUAUUUAGUUAGAGAAUAUCAACACAGGAAUGUCAGCGAUCAAUCCCGAAAAUGUUACAUUUUUGGUGAAACAAUUUGACGAAAGAUUACCCCCUCAGAAACCAUCACAAGAUUUCAACAGUCCUUACAACGAUAAAGUUCUUUGCGGUAAUUGGCAAGAAAAUCUGAGUAAAUAUGAACGGCACAUUUAUCCAAUGGCGAGCGAAUACAUGAAGGAAUAUUAUCACCCUACUGUCGACGUAGUAUCAAGAAACCACUACUACGACAACAAACUGAAAGGCUGGGGCACGGACUGGCACACUGUCAAUGACCAAGGACUGCCAGAGGAGUUCCGUAACAACUUCUCGACCCUCUACGACUUGGCCUACAAUGGCUCCUGUCCCAAAGUCGUCAACAAACCCUGGAGAAGAUUUCACAGCGCGUUUGUAGAAUACAGGCCGCAACAGGACAUGAUGAAUAAUUUCGGAAACACAGUCAAUUACGGAUUAACAAAAUACAAAGAAGAUCAAUGGGAAGAGGAAAAACUAAAAGAUAUAGACGACGUUAAGACAACGUAUCAAGUAACUUACGUCCCAAAAGAGAUUCGUCCGAAUUCGAAAAAAAGAAGCUUUCAUAGGAGGAUCAUUGAUAAGAAAACAAUAGGGAAAAAAUCUGCCUGUUUAGACGAUCCUCCAGUAAUCGCCACAAGAAGGAUGAGAAGACCUAAUCAAAUAUUACCGUCUCUUUAACGGCAUGAUUAUCUUUAAUGCCCUUGUGGCCUUUUGAAUAUACGAGAUACUGAAUCAUGAAAAUUUAUUUAAAAAAUAAAAUAGGCAAACUUAUAAAUUAAAUAUUGUAUCGAAACGUAUAUA